AUGAGCAGCUCUUGGGGUGCUCCGGGCGCCGAGAACCAAACGCUCUUCUUCUUCUUCUCGGACUUCAAGAAGGCCAACCGCGAGGCGCUGAGCGCCCUGGAGACGGCCGUGCUGGCCUCGAUCUUCGGGCUGGCCUUGGCUGCCAACGUGUACGCCAUCGCGCUCCUGGCGCGCCGCACAGGCCGGCUGGGCAUCUCGGGCUGCCUGGUGCUCAACCUCUUCUGCGCCGACUUGCUCUUCAUCAGCGCCAUCCCGAUCAUCGUGGCGGUGCGCUGGACCGAGAGCUGGACGCUGGGCGACGCCGCCUGCCACCUGCUCUUCUACCUGAUGAGCCUCAGCGGCAGCGUCACCAUCCUCUCGCUGGCCGCCGUCAGCCUGGAGCGCGUGGUCAGCAUCGUCCGGCUCAGGCCGUCGCGGCCCUACAAGAGCAGGCUGGUGGGCGCCGUCUUGCUGCUCAUCUGGGCCUUCUCGGCCCUGGCCACCCUCCCGCUCUGCCUCUUCUUCACCGUCGUGACGACCCACGUAGAAGGCCAGAAAGUGCACAUUUGCACCUUGAUUUGGCCCUCCGCUGCAGGAGAAAUCGCUUGGGAUGUGUCCUUUGCCAUUGUGAUCUUCCUAAUACCAGGACUGGCCAUUGUCAUUAGUUAUUCCAAGAUAUUACAGAUUGCAAAAGCAUCAAGAAGACGUCUAAAUGCUAGCAUGGCCUACUCACAGAGUUGUCACAUUCGGAUUUCUCAAAAAGAUUUCAGACUAUUACGGACUCUUUUUGUAUUGAUGAUCUCAUUCUUUGUUAUGUGGAGCCCAAUAAUAAUCACCAUUCUCCUCAUUUUAGUGCAAAGAUUCAAACCAGAAAUGAACAUUUUGCCUUCUUUUUUCUUCUGGAUAAUGGCCUUCACAUUUGCCAAUUCAGUUGUCAAUCCUGUUUUAUAUAAUUUCAGACAUGUGUGGAGGAAAGUCUUUUUCUGUUGUCCAGGUCCUUCUAGAAAAAAGGAUGCUGUAACAGACACUACUAUGAGGCAAAAUAACCAUGGACAUUUUACCCUGUCUGUUAUUUCCAAAUAGCUGUGUGAUGUUUCCAACAAGGAUAAUCACACCAGAUUUUUAGUAUUGUGCGUGCAAGCAAGCAGUCAGGAAAGUGGAAAAGUUCAAAAAAAUCAGAGUUUGCAGCCCUUGUAUAGAAUGUUGUGGUACUGAGAAUUCUGUUUGUGUGCUAUGGAAAAUGACCUUGUUCAAUCAGUUCAGAUGUUACCAUGGUGAAAUACAAGGAGUAUUGAAACUGAGUUGAUGAACAGAACUUAAACAUAGUUUAGUUGGGAGCAGAACUGAACUGCAUAUUUUACCAUCUUACACUAAGGAAAGUGAUCAGGAUCUUCAACACAGGCUCUUCAACUUGAAGACACUUGCCUGUGAGCCAAGAGGCAGCUUUAAAAAAUACUAGCUUAAAAAAAAUGGUGGCAUGAAUACAGCUAAAUAUUCACAGGUGUCUGCUGUGUUCAUAAUAGAAAAUGUACAAGUAAAUGUCAGAUACAGGGAAACUUAUUCAUUCAUUCAAACAGGAGUUCACCAUUUUUUAAGGCACAUUUUGAGCAUGACUGUGGGUUUUUCCUCUCACAUUGGCUGGAUACAUGCCUAGUAUACGCCAACCCCCCCCCCCCCCCCAAAAAAACACCAGUGCAGAAACAGAUUUUAAAAAACCACCAAUGCAGAUCUCCAUUUGCAGAUAUCCCUACUGCCCGUACAAGAAGCAGCUGGGGUAUGGGGGUGCACCAGGGCUCUUAACAGCUCUGGCAGAAUGAAGCAUCUUAGUUUGGACAGGAGAGUGAAGAGCAAGUAGAAUAUGGAACUUUACCCAGACACAAUCUCUCUAUCUGAGGCACAACCUAUUGUGUGUUGCGUGAGAGGAUGGAAGCAGCUCUUCAAGAGCAGCCAUGGGUAUGCAGCCUCCUGCUGUGCUCCUAGUUUUGUGGUGGGGCAGUCCCAUCCAUUUCCCUGCCUGAGGUGAGGGACGCUAUGAUGCCCUUCCUUCCGAAGGCGAAUGUUCAGUUUUCGCAACCCAUGCAACUCCCUUGCAGUGGCAGCAAAACGAGAGUGCUCUCAGACUAUGCCAUGAAGCCAGGCGUAUUCCAAGCUCAAGUUGCCGGGUGGGGGGAGGGAGGCGGAGAAGAGAUUUAUCCCAGUGGGGUAGGAGAGGAAAACGAACAGUAACUCCCAACAGGGUGAAGAACAUAAGAACAGCCAUGUUGGAUCAGGCCCAAGGCCUAACUAGUCUAGCAUCCUGUUUCACACAGUGGCCUACCAGAUGCCUCUGGAAAGCCCACAGGCAAGAGCUAAGGGCAUGCCCUUUCUCCCACUGCAACUCCCCUGCAACUGGAAAGGCAGCAGCAGUGGACAGCUCCUAUGGAAGCAGAGCCCAGCAUUGCCACAACCUGUGCUCUUUCUAGCGCCUGAGGUGACUGCUUCAUUCUGCCUCAUGGAGGGCCCUCCCCGUUCCCUGGACUGGAGUCUAAGCUGCAGGACUGUGUGCUUGUUUGGCCACUGAAUUCAGGGACAUUUACUUCUGCACAAACAAGCAGAGGAUCAGGUUUUAAGUUACAGAAAUGGUUUACUUGAUUCAGGGAUGUAGAUAUAAUUCUUUGUAUUACAGGAGGCUUAACAGAUCUUUAGUUUAAUAAGAAAUGUAAUAAAAAUCAUUUUGUGAGUGUU